CUUUCUUUCUCUCUCGCUCGCUCUCGGCUCUCCUUCUGUCACGCAACGCCAUCUUCGAUUUUCCUUUUCCUCGCAGACACCGACGUGUAGAAAACGUGUUAAACGUAGCGAGUGUCUAGAUUUCCCACUUUUCCAGCAAAAUGGGUUUCGUGAAGGUUGUCAAGAACAAGCAGUACUUCAAGCGGUACCAGGUCAGGUUCCGCCGUCGUCGUGAGGGCAAGACCGACUACUACGCGCGCAAGCGGCUGAUCUUCCAGGACAAGAACAAGUACAACACCCCGAAGUACCGUCUGAUUGUCCGCCUGAGCAACCGCGACAUCACCUGCCAGAUCGCGUACGCCCGUAUCGAGGGUGACCGCAUCGUGUGCGCCGCGUACUCCCACGAGCUGCCCAAGUACGGCGUCAAGGUUGGUCUGACCAACUAUGCUGCCGCUUACUGCACCGGUCUGCUGGUUGCCCGCCGCAUCCUGCAGAAGCUCCGCCUGGACACGCUGUACACUGGUUGUACCGAUGUGACCGGCGAGGAGUACCUGGUCGAGCAGGCCGAUGACGGUCCGGGAGCGUUCCGUUGCUACCUGGACGUUGGUCUGGCCCGCACCACCACCGGAGCUCGCGUCUUCGGUGCCAUGAAGGGCGCCGUCGACGGUGGCCUCAACAUCCCGCACUCCGUGAAGCGCUUCCCGGGCUACAGCGCCGAGAACAAGAGCUUCAACGCCGAGGUUCACCGCGCCCACAUCUUCGGCCAGCACGUCGCCGACUACAUGCGCACCCUCGAGGAGGAGGACGAGGACGCGUACAAGCGCCAGUUCAGCAAGUACGUCGGACUCGGCAUCAAGGCUGACGAUAUCGAAACCAUCUACAAGAACGCCCACGCCGCCAUCCGCAAGGACCCGUCGUUCACCAAGAAGCCGGAGAAGAAGGUCACCAAGAAGCGCCACAACCUGGCCAAGCUCACGCUGGAGGCACGCAAGGCGAAGAUCGCCAAGCACAAGGCCGACUACCUGGCCAAGAUCCAGGCCGACGUCGAAGCCUAAAAACGCUACGUUUGCCGGGCCGUCGUCGUUGUCAUCCGAUGGUGGCGGCUCUUCUACAUUUUCUCAGCUGGAUAAUUUCCACCGUUUUCCCCCCGCUGUCUUACUAUCAUCAUUCAGUAAACACACACACCGUUUCUUGCUUCCUAUUUGUUGCGACCCGAUUGAGAGGAAAAGAAUUAGCGGAAGUUGAACCGCCGAGCUGCUCACGGUUUUUAGGAAAUAAGCAAUAUGUGUCUACUCUGCUGUUAUUUUGGAAUAAAUGUAUUGAUUUUAUUCAGCUGAACGCGUAAGAAAA